AUGAAGGAAAUCCACCCCACACUUCACGCAAGCCCAUUGCUCAAACUUUCAUUCCCGCCUGGACAAUCGCGAAGAAUGGCUUCCACUGGGUUUUUGGCCCAGCUGCCGACAGAAAUUCUUGUCAUAUGGCACACCCAUCGAGUUCCCAUUUUGCUGUCGGCUGUGUCGCUUGCUGCACUGAUCCACCUCACCAUUUACCUGCGCACCAAAAGAAGCAAAAUCUCUGCAUCGCCUGCGCCUUCGUCGCCGAUCGAGAAGACGGAGAUCAAAUUGAGGCCCGAGUGGUUGCCAGAAAAUACAACCUUGGUCACGCCGGAAUUGAACCUUGACAAUCACGCCGAAGAUGAUAUAGUUGUGUCAGCAGCACCCGUAGUGAAGGCGAAGAAGGGACCGAAGAAGGUCAAAGGCACGAAGAAACCCUCCAAAAAGUCACCAGCGUCGGCUCCAAAAUUCAACCACACAGUGGAUAAGAUACAACCCGUUGUAUUCUUCCAGUCAUUGGCUGGAACAACCGAGCGCUACGCUGCAGCGUUUGGCAAAGUCUUGACCGACUGGACCGUAGGCUGCGAUCAAGCGACGUCUUUCUGCGAGCCACAAAUCCACGAUCUCUCGUAUAUCGAAUAUGACGAUUACUUCAUCACUCCCCCGAAGACCGACCAGAAUACCAAAUACUUCUAUGUCAUCCUUAUACCUUCGUACAACAUCGACACCGUGCUCAGCACCUUCCUCGAAAAUCUCCAGGAAACGCACAAUGAUUUCAGGAUCGACACCUCGCCAUUGAACGGAUUGUUGGGAUAUUCAGUUUUUGGUUUUGGGGACAAGGAGGGUUGGCCGACAGAGGAGGAGGGCUUCUGCAGCCAGGCAAGGGAAGUCGACAAGUGGAUGGCAAGACUUACCGGCAGGAAAAGAGCGUAUCCACUUGGUAUGGGCGAUGUGAAGAGCGAUGCUGAGGAACGGCUUCAAGAAUGGAGAGUGGGUGUUCAAGACGUUCUUGUGGAAAUUGCUGAGGGCCGAGGACUGGGUGAGGGGGUGCCUGGGAGUGGUGAUCCCGCUGAGAGUGACGAUGAAGAUGUAGAUGCGGCUGAGGAUAGCAGUGAUAGUGAAAGGAGCAACUCGAAUAAUGCCCGCGCGAGGAAGACCGCUCGUGUGGACGAGAUUGAAGACCUAGGUUCCAUGGUCGAUCCCUCUUCCACCGACUCGCCCAUCCCGAUCGAUUUCACAACCUACAAAUCUGUUUCCAAGACGCCCAAAGCAGCUCCAGCGCCGAAAGAGAUGGUCCCCACCACCUCGCCAACACAUGCUGCUCUUACCAAACAAGGCUACACGAUCAUUGGGAGUCACUCGGGGGUGAAGAUAUGCCGGUGGACAAAGUCUGCCCUACGUGGCCGAGGCUCCUGUUACAAAUAUUCUUUCUACGGCAUCGCAUCUCAUCUCUGUAUGGAAGCCACGCCGUCUCUCUCUUGCUCGAACAAAUGCGUUUUCUGCUGGCGUCAUGGCACAAACCCUGUGGGCACAACCUGGCGCUGGGUGACGGACGCACCCGAGCUCAUUUUCGACGGCAUCACAACCGCACACUACAAAAAAAUCAAGAUGCUGAAAGGCGUCCCAGGUGUGCGCGCCGAGCGCUUCGCCGAAGCUAUGCGGAUUAGACACUGCGCCCUCUCGCUCGUCGGGGAACCUAUCUUCUACCCGCACAUCAACGAACUACUCACAAUCAUGCAUUCUCACCGCAUCUCCACCUUCCUCGUUUGCAAUGCCCAGCACCCGGCCCAACUCGCGUCUCUCGUCCCCGUAACCCAACUCUACGUCUCCAUCGACGCCUCCAACAAGGAAUCUCUCCGCAAAAUCGACCGUCCGCUCCACCGCGACUUCUGGGAGCGCUUCACGGCAUGCCUCGACAUCCUCCGGGCUCGCCGCUUCGAGCAGCGCACCGUCUUCCGCCUCACACUCGUCAAGGGCUUCAACAUGGCUGAUGAAGUCCGCGGCUACGCCGAUCUCAUCGAGCGCGCUCUCCCAGGUUUUGUGGAGGUCAAAGGCGUGACAUAUUGCGGCACCAGCGCCGCCGGCUCUGCAGGCCUUACUAUGCAAAACGUCCCCUUCUACGAAGAAGUCGCCGCUUUCGUCUCCGCCCUCGCCGACGAAUUGACGAACCGCGGGCUUACGUACGGCAUUGCAGCUGAGCACGCGCAUUCCUGCUGUGUACUCCUUGCAGAUUCGACACGCUUCCGCCCCAAUGGGAAGUGGGCUACCCGCAUCGACUUUGAGCGAUUCUACGAUUUGUUUGAAGGGAAAAUUGAAGGGACGAGGCGCGAUGAGAAGACUGGGGAAGUGGUGGGAUGGAGACCUGAGGAUUAUGUUGGUCAGGAGACGCCUGAGUGGGCGCUUUGGGGGAACGGAGGGUUCGAUCCUAGGGACGUUAGGGUUUUUAGGAAGGGGAAAGGGAAGAAGAAAGACGCCGAGGAGGUGCAAGAAGAUGAGAAGAAGGAAGUAAAGGUUAUCGAAAUUUAA